AUGUCGCUGUCCUUCGCCUCCCUCCCGCUCUCGCUCGCCCCCGGCCUGACUCCUGGCGGCGUCGCCUAUGCCAAGACCAUGCCGGGCGUUACCGCGCCCUUCGGCCUCUUCGACCCGCUUGGCCUCACGCCCGAGACGAAGGAGGAGCUCCUCCUCUUCCGCGAGGCCGAGCUCGCGCACGGCCGCGUCGCGAUGAUGGGCGCGCUCGGCUUCCUGGUCCAGUCGCACUUCGCCCCCAUGUACGACAUGGACAGCGCCCCAGUCAUCCGCCACCUCGACAAGGUGCUGCAGACCGAGAACGGGCAGCUCGGCUCCUCCUGCCUGCUGCUCGCGAUCUUCUUCUCGGAGAUCCAGCGCGCUCGCACCGGCUGGGUCGAGCCCGAGGUGGCGAUGCGCACCCUCCGCGAGGGCUACCUGCCGGGCGACCUGGGCUUCGACCCGAUGGGCCUCAAGCCCAAGGGCGAGGCGGAGCUCCUCGCGAUGCAGAACAAGGAGCUCAACAACGGCCGCCUCGCGAUGCUCGCCAUCGCCGGCAUGACUGCGCAGGAGCUCGUCACCGGCCAGCAGAACUUCUGA